AUGGCAUCCCAGGAUUUCCGCCUUCUCUGCCUUGAGAACCCUCUGCUUGACAUCCAAGCAGUUGGUGACGAGGCUCUCCUCGAAAAGUACGGCAUCAAGGCCAACGAUGCUAUCCUCGCUGAGGAGAAGCACCUCGGCAUCUACGAGGACCUCCUCAACAACUACGACGCCAAGCUCAUUGCUGGUGGCGCCGCCCAGAACACCGCCCGCGGUGCCCAGUACAUCCUCCCUCCCAACUCCGUCGUCUACCUCGGCGGUGUCGGCGACGACAAGUACGCCUCCAUCCUCCAGGAUGCCGUCAAGACCGCCGGUCUCCGCGUCGAGUACCGCGUCGACCCCAAGAUCGCCACCGGCCGCUGCGGUGUUGUCAUCACCGGCCACAACCGCUCCAUGGUCACCGAGCUCGGUGCCGCCAACCACUACGACCUUGAGCACUUGACCCGCCCCGACAUCUGGAAGCUCGUCGAGAACGCCCAGGCCUACUACAUUGGAGGCUACCACUUCACCGUCUGCCCCGCCGCCAUCCAGAAGCUCGCCGAGGAGGCCGCCAAGAACAACAAGGUCUUCGCCGUCAGCUUGUCCGCCCCCUUCAUCUGCCAGUUCUUCAAGGACCCCCUCGACGCCAGCGCCCCGUACUGGGACUACGUCAUCGGCAACGAGACCGAGGCCGCCGCCUACGCCGAAGCCCACAGCCUCGGCACCACCGACCUCAAGGAGAUCGCCAAGGCCCUCGCCAACCUGCCCAAAGAGAACAAGCAGCGCAAGCGUGUCGCCAUCAUUACCCAGGGCACCGAGCCCACUCUGGUUGCCGUCCAGGGUGAGGACAGCGUCAAGGAGUACCCCGUCAAGCCCAUCUCCAAGGAGCAGAUCAACGACACCAACGGAGCUGGUGAUGCCUUUGCUGGCGGUCUGAUGGCUGGUGUCGUCGAUGGCAAGUCCCUCGACCAAUCCAUCGAUAUGGGCCAGUGGCUGGCUAAGCUCAGCAUCCAGGAGCUUGGUCCUUCCUACCCCUUCCCCAAGCAGGCUUAUUCCUCGUAG